ACUCUGUGCUUUCAAGGGAUCAAGCAUUCUCUCACGACGACCAUCUCUAUAUGUAUCCAUAGCCGGACGGAAGCCCCCAAAAUCACGAGAAAAGCUUUAGCCCUCCGGAAGAAGAAAUCUCCACAAAAACAAGGCGAAAUGUGACGGUGAACGCGCCGAUUCACGUGAAAUCAGGGCUCUCUCAACUCUCCAAAUCGCUGUUCGAUCAGUCUUGUUCUUGCUUUUCGGUUUUUCCGCCUUUUGAAUUCGUGUCCAAUUUGCUACUGCCUUUGCACAAUCCAACAUUAGGCUUUCUUCUCUGUGACUGGAUUCCAAUUUGCGAUGCCUGUUCUCUGAGAUUCUCAGAGGAAAUGGCUGUGUCUGUUGGUCAAGUUGAAAAUAUGGCGUCCUUGAGCAGUGAUCUCUUCUAUGACAUACUAAGACGUCUUGAUGGUGCAAGUUUGGCUAGUGCAGCAUGUACUUGUGCAGCACUUCAUUCCAUCUCAAAAGAAGAAAAAUUAUGGGAAAAUGUAUGUUCUUCUAUGUGGCCUUCAACCAACAGGGAAGAUGUUAAAAGCCUAAUAGCAUCUAUUGGUGGAUUUAAAAAGUUCUAUGCAGACUGUUUCCCCCUGAUUGUGAACAAGGAAGUUCCUGAGUUUAGAGGGAAUGACUAUCUUGAAUACCCUGAAGAAUGGACUGAAGCCGAGUACUAUGGUGACAUGGACGAGUUUGAAAGCAUUUCACCAUCAGAUUUUGUUUCUAUUGUAGAUAUCAGAUACAAAGACAAAACAAUUUGCUCAGAGGUCUUCUGGGGGAUCCCCAACGCAAAUGGUCUCACUGGUUGGUUUUACAACUGCCCUUUCAGGAUUGAUCUUCUUACCUAUUCUGCUAGAGAUGAUGACCCUGAUGGCGAUAUUACCCUUUCAGUCUCCGAUGGUUUACCUCCAGUCGCGUCCAUGGAAAGAGAGAGGAAAGAUGGGAAGCUCUGGCAGGAUCUCCGCAAUGGACUCCGGCUCAGUUGGAUCCUUGUGAAUAGGAAAAUCAAGCAAGCCGCUAAUCUUUCAAGCUGGAGCCCUCUUUGUGGCCAAAGACAUUGGCCAACAGACAAGGAUUUCUUCAUACGCUUUGGAUCGAUUCUUCCUGCCAAGGACAUUCUUCCUUGUCAAUUUGUAGAAUGCAUCCUUAUUAUGAAGUUUAGAUUGGUCCACAUUGAAGGUGAGGGGGUCCAGACAACUCUCAAAUUGACAGAACUAAGCAUGCAGUUGGGUGACAUGGAAGGUGCUCAUGUUAAUGGAAGAAACAGUCUGCUCGUUCUCAAAGAAGCACUGAGCUGCCAUAGGAGCAAGAAUUACAGUGAAGCGCUUGAAUCCUGCCAUCUGUACUCCAAAGUGCAGACUGAGUUAAAGGAACAGAAGUUGAGAAAUGAAACCAGGUUAGACAGACUUUGUAUUCUGAGUGGCAUUGCAGCAUUUGUCACAUUCUGUUACUAUAUCCUGUGAAAUGGGUGAUUCCAUAUAAUUUUGAAAGUGCAUAUUUUGCACAGCAUUUUCUUGUUUCUCAUAGUUUCAAUGGCUGGAGUCCAUACAUUUGAAUUCUAAUUCUAUCUAGAGACUCCCACUUUGCGAUGGUCG